UACAGUUUACGUCUCCAGCUCAUUCAGCCUGAACGCGUCUCUCACAGAAGCGCUGUGGUUUCUGAGGAGCGAUCAUAUGCUUCGCUCAUACGCUCUUAAAACAGGAUGUAGCGGCUGACACAGAGUACGGAAAGAGAAAAGAAGCGGGUUUAAGUCUGCGAUGUGACAACCAUCACUUGGCCAGAAAUGAGCGCCCCAGCGGAGCAGCAGCAGACAGGAGGAGUCCGGAUGAGGCAGCUGACCGCCGGCAGAUCUUGACGGCUGCUCCCUGAGACCUGAGACGCCGCUUCUUCAUGCCGCAACGCACGGUUUACACACACUGAAAAGUCAAACACAGCCCAAAUAUCCACAUCCACGUUGGUGAACCUUGAAGGCGAUAAUGGCGAGCCAAGGCGACUGCUGUGUGAAGGUUGCGUUGAGGAUUCGUCCUCAGAUGGCCAAGGAGAAGAUAGAGGGCUGCCAUGUGUGCACACUGGUCACGCCUGGAGAACCACAAGUUCUUCUGGGAAAGGAUAAGGCCUUUACCUAUGACUUUGUGUUUGACAUCGAUUCCGAGCAGCAGAACAUCUACCAGUCCUGUGUGCACAAACUCAUCGAGGGGUGCUUCGAGGGCUACAACGCCACAGUGUUCGCUUACGGCCAGACUGGCUCGGGAAAGACCUAUACCAUGGGGACAGGCUUUGAUGUGAGUCUGAGCCAGCAGGAACAUGGCAUCAUCCCACGAGCUGUUCACCAGCUGUUUGAGGGAAUCCAGACCAGGAGGGAGCGAGCACAGGAGACCGGCAUCCAGGCACCGGAGUUUAAAGUCAGCGCCCAGUUCCUAGAGCUGUACAAUGAAGAGAUUCUGGAUUUGUUUGAUGGAGCCAGAGACCCAGAGAGUCGGAGCAGAAAGUCCAAUAUCAAGAUCCACGAGGACGGCAGCGGCAGCAUCUACACCACUGGUGUCACAUCCAGAUUAGUACACUCAGAAGAGGAGCUGUUGCAGUGCCUGAAGCUCGGCGCCCUGUCCCGUACCACGGCCAGCACCCAGAUGAACGCCCAGAGCUCCCGUUCCCACGCCAUCUUCACAAUCCACGUCUGUCAGAUGAGAGUCUGUCAGCAGCCACAACUGCAGAACGGAGGAGGGGAGAAUGGAGAGAUGAACGGUGUGGACUCCAGCCCCAUCGCUCAGCCUGAAUACGAGACACUGAUGGCCAAGUUCCACUUUGUAGACCUGGCUGGAUCUGAAAGGCUCAAGCGUACCGGUGCUACAGGAGACAGAGCCCGCGAGGGAAUCUCUAUUAACUGUGGACUGCUGGCUUUGGGGAAUGUGAUUAGUGCUUUAGGAGAUCAGGCCAAGAAGGGAGGGCACGUUCCCUAUAGAGACUCCAAACUCACUCGUCUGCUGCAAGACUCACUGGGAGGCAACAGUCGUACAGUGAUGAUCGCCUGCGUCAGUCCAUCUGACCGGGACUUCAUGGAGACGCUGAACACGCUCAAAUACGCUAACCGUGCACGUAACAUCAAGAACAAGGUGGUGGUGAACCAAGACAAGACCAGCCAGCAGAUCAGCGCCCUGCGUGCAGAGAUAGCCCGACUUCAGAUGGAGCUGAUGGAGUACAAGGCGGGAAAACGCGUGGCAUGUGAGGAUGGUUCAGAGGGCUACAGUGACCUGUAUCAGGAGAACGCCAUGCUGCAGAGAGAAAGUGACACACUGCGCCUCCGCGUAAAAGCCAUGCAAGAGACCAUUGACCACCUCAACACCCGUGUAACACAUCUACUGGCCAAUGAAGUCAGUAAUCUGCUCUCCAAGUCAAGUGAAGGUAAUGAGGAGAUCGGAGCUUUAGUUCAGAACUACAUCAGAGAAGUUGAAGAACUAAGAUCCAAACUCCUCGAGAGCGAAGCCAUGAACGAAUCAUUGCGAAGGCAAGCAGCCCGGCUCUCCUCUCGUUCCACGUUCCCCUCCUCUUCUCUGAGCCCGGUCCCUGGCCACCCUCCUGGCUCUUCUCCUGCUCCCAUGUCCAUGGAGGCUGAAAUGACAGAUGUGUUACGCCGAGCCAAGCUGGACAUCGAGAGGCUGAAGAAGAAGGAAAGGAGGCAGAGGAGGAUGAGUCCGGAGUUGGAGAAAGGCCUGAAGAAACGAGUGAAACUGCACACUCAUGAGAACGGAGAGAAUGGGCAGGGUGGAGAAAAUGGACAAAACGGUCAAAACGGAGAAAUUGAUUCAGACGAUAACUACACUGAGGACAUCAUGUCUCCACUGCAGGAGGAGAGUGGUUGUGAGGAUGAUGAGGGUGAAGACGAAGAGGAGGGAAGGGAGGAGGAGGAUGACUUCGACAGUGACGAGAGCCUGGUGGAUUCAGAUUCAGAUUCUGACGAGAAAGCCAACUUCCAGGCAGACCUGGCUGACCUGACCUGUGAAAUUGAGAUCAAACAGAAGCUGAUAGAUGAACUGGAGAACAGCCAGCGCAGGUUGCUGAUGCUGAAGCUGCAAUAUGAGGAGAAGCUCAUCCUGCUGCAGAAUAAGAUUAGAGACACACAGCUGGAGAGAGACCGCGUGUUGCAGAACCUCAUGUCGAUGGAGAACUACACAGAGGAGAAGGCCAACCGGAUCAAACAGGAGUACGAGAAACGCCUGAAAGAGAUGAACCGUGACCUUCUGAAGCUCCAAGCAGCACAGAAGGAGCAUGCACGCCUCCUCAAAAACCAGGGGAGGUACGAACGGGAGCUGAAGAAACUCCAGGCUGAGGUCAACGAGAUGAAAAAAGCCAAGGUGGCGUUGAUGAGGCAGAUGAAGGAGGAACAGCAGAGGAGGAAGAUGGUGGAGGCAAAAAGGAACCGUGAAAUCGCUCAGCUCAAGAAGGAGCAGCGGCGUCAAGAGUACCAGAUCCGAGCGCUGGAGUCUCAGAAGCGUCAGCAGGAGCUGGUGCUGCGUCGUAAAACUCAGGAGGUGACGGCUCUGCGGCGCCUGGCCAAGCCCAUGUCGGACCGUGUGGCGGGACGCGUGGCCCGUUGGAACCAGACUCCUCCAGCCACAGACUCUGGAGCUGAGUUGUCUGCGAGCACCACAGCCAGCAGCUCUGAACCUGAGACUAGCAGGAGUGUGAGUGGCCUGGUUCGGCAGUGGAACAACAAGAACAGUGCGUACGGAUACCUGGGAGAGAGUGAAGGCAGCAUGGACGGAACACGGGUCAUCGGCAGUAGAAAGAAGUUGCAGCGUAAGCCUAUGGGUCUGGGCAGCGUCGGAACAGCUGGCAGAACCAGCAGCUUCUCGAAGUCAGCCCGCCAGAAGUGGCAAACCCUUGAGCGCCGCGUAAUGGACAUUGUGAUGCAGCGAAUGACCAUUUCUAAUGUGGAAGCUGACAUGGAUCGCCUUAUCAAGAAGCGAGAGGAGCUGACGGCUCAACAGGAAGCACUUUCACAUAAGAGGGAGGUGCUAAUGGCAGAUGGUGAGGGGCCAGAGGCAGAGGACCGCCUCCUCCAAGAAAUCAACGAAGACAUUGAAGUUCUGAACGCCAACAUCGAUUACAUCAACGACAGCCUGUCUGACUGCCAAGCCACCAUCGUACAGAUAGAAGAGACAAAGGAUGAGCUGGACUCAGUGGACACCUCAGUGGUCAUCAGCUCCUGUUCGCUAGCCGAAGCACGCCACCUGCUGGACCACUUCCUGAAGGCUUCUAUAGACAAGAGCUUACAGGUGGCUCAGAAGGAGGCUCAGAUCAGGCUGCUGGAGGGUCAGCUGAGACAGACCGAUGUGAUUGGCUCAUCUCAUAAUCACAUGAUCCUCGAUGCCCUGCGGGAAAAGGCCGAGUACAUCCCUGAACUGCAGGCUCUCAUUCACAACGUGCAGCAGGAAAAUGGUUAUGCCAGCACAGACGAGGAGCCCUCUGAGUUCAGCCAAGCCUCUGACAGCAGUGUGUCUCAGAUGAAAGAAUCCAACAGCCAAGAUGAUUUCAAAAUGAAGAUGGAGCCUCGUCUGUCGGCUCAGAUGAAGGCUGUGUCUGCCGAGUAUCUGGGUCCCAUUCUAGACCCCACAUCCAGCACCAAGCAGCAGUACAUCACCAAGUCUUUGGCCUCGCUGACGGAUAUCCAGGAGGACGGCUUGAGUCUGGUGCCUGGAACCUUGGGGCUCAGCCUGUCCCUACGGGAACCCUAUCACAGAGACCGGGCAUCCCGCACCAUCAGCCUACCUGUCAGGGGACACACCUUUCCUAGGCAGUCUCGGGGUUAUGACACCUCCCCUAUAACACGGAGGAAAUCCUACGACCGUGCAUACAGGCCCACCGAUGGCUACACACCCCCAUCUUCCCCUCCUCUGAGGACCAGGAAUGACCGCAAUGUCUUCUCAAGGCUCACCAGUAACCAAACGCAAGGUUCUGCCUUGGAUAAGUCGGAUGACAGCGACUCCUCGCUCUCCGAGGUGCUCAGGGGUGUGAUCAAUCCCAUCGGGGGUGUGAAGGGGGGUAGGACGGCGCCCCUGCAGUGUGUGUCUGUAGCUGAGGGCCAUUCGAAGCCUGUCUUGUGUGUGGAUGCAACAGACGAGCUGCUGUUCACUGGAUCUAAAGACCGUACCUGUAAGAUGUGGAACCUGGUAACGGGUCAGGAGAUUCUCACCCUUAAAGGUCACCCCAACAACGUGGUAUCAGUGAAAUAUUGCCCAUCUUCCUGUUUAGUAUUCUCCGUCUCCACCUCAUACAUCAAAGUCUGGGACAUCCGUGACUCUGCCAAGUGUGUCCGUACACUCACAUCAUCGGGUCAGGUGGUUUCAGGUGAUGCGUGUGCAGGCACCACCACCCGAACAAUAACUUUUGCGCAGGGUGAAUGUCAGAUCAACCAGAUAUCUCUGAAUCCAUCAGGAUCUGUGCUCUACGCUGCUGCUGGAAACACUGUUCGUAUCUGGGACCUCAACAGGAUGCAAGCAAUGGGGAAGUUGACAGGCCACAUUGGGUCCGUCAUGUGUCUGACAGUUGGACAGUCUCUGCUGGGCAAAGACCAAGUUAUCACCGGCUCCAAAGACCAUUACGUCAAGGUGUUUGAUGUAGCAGAGGGAACUCUGGGUAAUGUAGGCCCAGCUCAUAACUUUGAGCCUCCCCAUUAUGACGGCAUCGAGUGUUUGGCCGUACAGGGAGAUGUGCUGUUCAGCGGAUCACGAGACAACGGCAUCAAGAAAUGGGACCUGGAGCAGCAGGAGCUCACUCAGCAAAUCCCUAAUGCCCAUAAGGACUGGGUGUGUGCUCUGGCGUAUGUCCCAGGACGGCCCAUGCUGCUGAGCGCCUGUCGGGGUGGCAUGUUGAAGGUGUGGAACGUAGACAACUUCACACCUAUUGGAGAGGUCAGAGGUCAUGACAGUCCAAUUAACGCCAUAUGCACCAACUCCAGGCAGAUCUUCACUGCAUCCAGUGACUGCAGGGUGAAGUUGUGGAGUUAUGUGCCAGGUUUGACCCCAUGUCUGCCUCGACGGGUCCUGGCCAUCAAGGGUCGAGCCACCAGCCUCCCAUGAUUGCCUCCGCUCACCACCCCUCCCCUCCUCUGCGACAAGACAGUGAAGAUCUGGCUGUCAAAGGUGUGGAGGAAAAGGUGACAACCGAAGUGAUUCUGGUUCCCUCGUCGGCCAUCUUGAUGCAACUUGAACCGCUGAUCUGUGAACUCCCAACUUCUAGCAGUGAGAUGUGACACAGCAACGCCCCCCCCCCCCCCCUUUUUUUUUUUUUUUUUUUUUUUUAAAACAGCAGUCAAGGUGGUUUCCUUUGUCACUGUCCAAAAUGACAAAGCUGAGGUGGAAUAUGUACAGUAUUCAGGCAGAAACUAUUUGCCUUUCAAAUGUUUCCUACUGCCAAUUUAAAAGUGCCAUUCUGGUGUGAUUCUACAUGGACAAGAUAAACUGUGUCUUCCCAGCUGUGGAUGCACCAGGCAGAACAGUUUGUCUCCUGACAUGAAAACUACCACGGUCUGGUAUUUAAAGGAAAAGAAAAGAAAGUGUCCUUCUGUUCCCUCACCAAGGUUUCUGCGACUGGAAUAAAAGAAGAACCCUUGUGGAACAGAAAGAGAUGAAUUCCCCCCAGAAACAGGUUUAUUUAUGUAUAAUCUACAGCCUCUUUAGGUCCAAAUGAAAAUUAAAUACUAAUUAACAUACUGGACUUUGGUGAUGGAUGAUCACGGAAUAACUGAUGAUCUGAGAUUAGUCAUCGCUGGAGCAUUAUAUAAAACAUUUCACAGGAAACUUUCUAACACACAAACUUGAUACUCUGCUUCGUCCUCUGGGAACACCCCGCAUCACUUUUAGUUGAAGUCUCUUUGGUGUAUCACUGAAACCAUUGUUUUCAGUUCUACAGCUUGUUUUAUUUUUAAUGACUUCUGUUAAUUUAUUACUUUCCCUACCUCAGUUGAUUUGGACUUCGACGUGAGGUGGGAAGGAACAUUUUACGGGUCUCUGUCUACAAACACCUGGUGCUUGACAAUUUGAAGUCUAUAUUUAAUGCCUGGCCCUUCAUCCCUGUGUAGAUGUGUCCUCUGUGGCCCUGUCAGACUGUCUCGCUGCUGACCUUGCAAACAGGCAAGCACACGCCAAGUAGCACAACUAAGGUAGCACUCGCCCUGGAGGAUGUGACUGGAUUAUAUUAUCUGCUCUGUAAAGUGCUAACUCUGGCGAAAAUGUGAAACACCCCUGCAGAUGCACAUGACCAUAUGCACACACAAACAAUACACACCUCAUACAUUUGGGAGUCAGGACUCCACUAAGGCCAAAGUGCCAGAUCAUUAUCUUCACCAUGCUACAGUUUGUGCCCCAGACAUGCCAUUUAUCCUCCACGCAAAUGGUAACAGGAGCCCGAUUAGAUUCCCCCAGCCUGCUUUCAGCUCAACUCUGAUCUUUAAGGUUAGCAACAGUGUCAGACUGACCAGCCUUACUGAAGGGCCCACCUCCUUCACAGCUACUGAACUUCUUUGGGAAGCCAAUUUAAUUAGAAGUCUUACAGCUCUACCGUCUGCUUUUCAGGCAAGAUUACUUGGGUGAAAGUAGGUCAUAACUGAGAGGGAUUUUUAAAAAUAAAAUCCCAAUUUUCUUCCACCCACUCUUUGCUGCUACAUUUAAAAACGGGAAGAAAUUUCCUGUACUCGUGCACUGAUGUACAAAUCUGUUUAUGUGGCACAUUGUGUGGGCAAAGUACACAUAUGCUCAAACUGUGGACACACAGCAACACAUGAUUUCAGCGGAUGUUUCGGUUAUCCAUCUUGCCUGAUAGGUCUUGGCAUUCCUCACUGUUGAUUUAAAGUCUCCCUAAUGAAACGGAUUCAGCAGUUCACACACACACACACACACAUAGCCAUAUACACACAACUGCAAGUGACAUUAAUAACCCAAGACUUAAAGUCAGUUCAAUUAUCUUUUUCUUCUUUGACGCUCCUGAAUAUAGAGAAUAGUAAACAUGCACAUCACUCACUUUGCUUUUUGUGUAUCACUCCAAAAUGACAAGUAGUACUUUAAAGCUUCUUGUCGUACAGAUGUCUUACCAUUUGAUAAAAGCACAAAUCAUUUUUGUGAGCAUUUCUUUUUUGAUACUCUAAUGUCACGCUUUUAUUUAACUCUGUGAUCUCACCACUUCUGUUGGAAAUUACUUUUUGCCAAAUGCACUUUUCCUUAUAGAAGACCCAGAAACAUGUAGUUUAAUCAAACGAUGUUUGGAUCACAGUGCAGCAGUCGUAAGCACCGAAGGUAGUACAGUAAAUACUAAUGACCUACUUUCUACAAAUUUUCUUUGAAGAAAUGAGAACAGGCUGCUGAUGAUAGAUGUGUCCAACAUUAGUUAGAAGCUGCUUAUGCUCCCCAAAAGCAAUGACAUGGGUUUGGUUUUAUAUUAAGGAUUAUGAAUGCAAACGUGUGGAUGGAGGUGAUUUGUUGAAGUGUUCUUGGUUUUAAUCUUUUGCUACACUUAGUAACUCAGGUACAGGUUGAAGGAUAAUUCAAGUCAUACUUUAGUUAUUACUUGACCCUGUGAAUUUAGGUAGCGCUUUAAAUUGACCAAAUGCCUUGUUUGUGAGAUUUUUUAUUUUGAGAGAAACAGGUACUAUCAAUGUUUUCUUCCCUUAUAGCAUCCCUUUUAAAUGUUUAUUUCCUUGUGCUCUUUUGCAUUCGCUUCCCUUUACUUCGUAUCUAUGUACUGCUUUAUCUGUUCAUAAUGUUAAAAAUAACAUCUUUACAAUCUGGCCAAAGCUGAAACUUUGAAACGUGCACUUUUUUUUUUAAACCAUAAUUACUUUUUCCACAUAUGUUAAAAAAAAAAAAAAAAAAAAAGUAUUUGUAAAAUAGUUUGGCAGUAAAACUGGAGUGUGUGUAGGGAACUGAACCUGCGUAAUAAUGGGUUGUAUACUUUGACCUGAAGGCGUACUCCACUGGGCCCUUCACUGUACAGUAUGUAUUUAUCUGUGCCAAUUAGCCAAACUGACCCCAUUCACCUGCUCUAUGGUGUGUUUCGUGAUUAAAAAAAAAAAAAAAAGCGUAGACAGUCUUUAUCCGCUCUUUUUCUACUCCUGCUCUUUGCUAGAGAAAAUGUUGUACUACUGUAGCACUCUCUGUGCUUGUAUAUUUGCUGCUGGCUGCAUGAUUUAAGUGGUGCUAAAUGAUUGAUUGGACAUCUGAAAAGAUUAGUGGGCUGCUCUUUUCUUUCCCUUUUGCAUUGUUGAUCGAGGUAUUUAACACCCAAACUGAAUUCCUCACAAACAACAGGCUGUUUGCUUGGGUUCUGAAGCAUUAACAGUGAAUGUACAUUAAAUAUGUACAGAAAUGUUGAAUGCGCUUCAAUACAGCCUGGGGAAGUCUUAAAAUUAUGUGAUGUUGAAUACGCCCACCAAAAGUUGCCAACACAUUCAUUUCAUGAUGACGUGUAAAUAAGUGUUUCAUACCUUUUUUUAAUAUUAGGAAGGAAAUUUAGUCAGGGUCGACUGACUCAGUAUAAUCUCUGCAAGUGAAAGAUUACAUGCACUUUGGUGAUGACCACUGUUGUCAAUACUCUUUAACCUCUUUUUCACACAUAUGUUAAGCUGUUGGAAAGUUCCAAACACAGCUUAAAUUGUACUGAAAAGAUCUCGUCUGGUUAGAGACAUUAGGUUUAGAAACCAGUUAUAUUACUGUUUGUGCUGAUCCAGUGUGUAAAAAUAAGUCAAAACAAAGAGAAUUAGUCCUCAGUAUGUCCCUGCCUUUGACCCUUUAUAUAGUAAAUGUUAUUUGUGAGUGGGAAUUUUCACUUUGAACAGCAUGCAAACAUUUGUAGAUGUUCUCAGGAGACUCCAGCUCCUUCCUUAUUUCCCUCGCUGUUCGCUGGCAUUCAAGCGUUUUUCUUAAUAUAAGAAAGAUUUAGGAGACACAGGUUGAUGUGAUCUAACCUUAAUCUAAUGUUCCUGUAACAAUCAAUUUAGGAUGCAUCUCACCUGACAACAUGUCCUCUCCAAAAGAUAUUAACCACGCUACAUGUGCCAUUUAGUAUUUGGUGAGUACUGGUCGAUCAAUACUCGUCCUGAGCGGAUUUAUCAGCUGGUGUUGCUGUUCUGCUUUAUAGCCAACCAUGUGGGAAAAAAGUAGGCCCCUUUUGCCUUUAUUACUAAAUGGCUAUUCGUCUGGUUUAAAUAAGAAAACUGUUUGACCAAAGCUAAAUAUCACUUGAACAGCUGACACCUUAAUCAGUCUUAAAUGCCGCCAGGAGUGCAGUCUACUUUCCGUCUUUAGUGACACAGAUUGAAGCAGCUAAGCGCUUAAACUGCACCAGUUUUGAUUUGGAUCGACUCCUCUUUCUGCAAAACAAAAACUUGAAAUCUUCCAAGCAGCUUUAACCACUCUGUCUGAGAACAGAGCACACUGGAGAGUCAAACUGAUUGUGUGAUUGCCAGCUUUGGCCCUUCCCACUCAGCCCUGGUCUGAACAUCUUA